GGCGCGGCGGCGAGGAGGGCGGGGGCCGCCUUUUAGCGGCUCCGGAGCGCCGUGUCCGCCCGUGCCCGCGCGCCGCCGCCGCUCGGGGCAGUAGCGGUUCCUCCCGGCGAGGCGGGCAGCGCGCGGUCCUGCCCCGCGAUGAGGCUGAGUGGCCGCGGCCGGGGAUGCUGCGCGCCCGGCAGCCGGGAGCCGCCCCCGCGGAGCCCCUUCGUGCACCAGCUGCGCUUCAGCCCCCUGGAGAAAGCCAAGAUUGCCUUCAUGACCUUGACUCUGUUUCCUAUCCGACUCUUCUUUGCUGCUUUUAUGAUGUUGCUGGCAUGGCCUUUUGCAUUCAUUGCUUCAAUGGGACCUGAGGAGCAAGAGCUUGAAAAGCCUCUCUCCUGGUGGCGAAAGGUAGUGGAUGUUUUGCUGAAAACAAUCAUGAGACUGAUGUGGCUCGCUGGUGGAUUCCACUGGAUAAACGUGAAAGGCAGGCGGGCAUUGCCAGCGGAAGCAGCAAUAUUAACUGUGGCUCCCCAUUCUUCCUACUUCGAUGCCAUUCCUGUAACUAUGACGUUCGCUUCCAUUGUGAUGAAAGCAGAAAGCAAAGAUAUUCCUCUUUGGGGAACUCUAAUCAAAUAUAUCCGACCAGUAUUUGUAUCUCGGUCAGACCAGGAUUCUCGCAGGAAAACUGUUGAAGAGAUAAAGAGACGUGCUCAGUCUGAUGGUAAAUGGCCACAGAUAAUGAUAUUCCCAGAGGGCACUUGCACAAACCGAUCCUGUCUAAUUACAUUCAAGCCUGGAGCAUUUAUUCCUGGAGUUCCUGUGCAGCCAGUGGUUUUACGUUAUCCAAACAAACUGGACACAAUCACAUGGACGUGGCAAGGGCCAGGAGCGUUAAAAAUUCUGUGGCUUACUUUGUGUCAGUUUCACAAUUCUGUGGAAAUUGAGUUUUUACCAGUGUAUAUUCCUUCAGAAGAAGAAAGAAAAAAUCCAGUGUUAUAUGCCAAUAACGUCAGACGUGUAAUGGCAGAAGCAUUGGGAGUUUCAGUGACAGAUUAUACAUUUGAAGACUGUCAGCUAGCUUUGGCUGAAGGACAACUUCGUCUGCCUUCAGACACCUGUCUUCUGGAAUUUGCAAAGCUUGUGAGAAGCCUUGGGCUGAAGCCAGAAACACUUGAAGAUGAUCUUGAUAAAUAUGCUGCAAGUGCCAUGGAAAUGAAAAAAGAAAAGGUUGAUCUUAAAGAGUUUUCAGCAUACUUGGAAUUCCCAGUUUCCCACACAUUAGAAAGUAUGUUUGCCCUUUUUGAUGAGAGUGAAGAUGGCAUAAUUGACCUUCGGGAAUUUGUCAUUGCUUUGUCAGUUGUCUGUAAGCCAUCCAAAACUCUGGAAACAAUUCAGUUGGCAUUUCAGCUGUACCAGUCAGAAGAUGGAACUAUAACAGAAGAGGAUUUAGCUCAUAUUCUGAAGACUGCCAUGGGUGUGUCACAGAUUAAUGUUACACAUCUUUUUAGAGCUGUAGAUGAAGAAGAAAAAGGAAAGAUUACAUAUGAUGACUUCUACAGAUUUGCUGAAUUGCACCCACACUUUGCAGAAGACUAUCUCUAUGCAGAUCAGAUGGGAGCGGAGAGUGGCUUGGAGACUUCAUCUCUUUCUGCUCCUAAUGGUAUCUGUACUGACUUCAGCCCUGAAAACGCUGAAGAUAAAAAGCCCCUGCAGAAGAAACUGAAUUAACACUACAACUGUUACCUUCCUCUCCUGGUGAGAGGAUUGUCUUUUCUUGGGAUUUUCAUAAAUCACUCCAACUACGCAGCAAAUACCAGUUUUGUGUGUGAAAGUUCUUCUACCUUAAUACCAUUCUUUGAAUCAUAUGUGCUGUAUUUCAUAACAUGUUCCAGGUUAUUUUGGGGAAGGUGGUUUGAUAUUUUUCAAAAAGGUCUUUGAAAGGCAAAAAUGUGAAUGUGCUUCAAUAUUAAUAUUCAUAUUUAAAAGAAAGCAGCACACUUAUUUAUAUUCCAUUGGCUGUUUUCAUGUACGAAGUGUUGCACAAACUGUGCAUGUAUAAACUGUAGCUACUAUGGUGUUAAGUGCACUUUGGUGAUUAGUGUUUUCCCUAGUUAUGGGAAUGUUUAUUUGAGGCCAAACUUUGCUGUCCAUAUUUGCAUAGUCAGUCUUGUUGAUUACAGUGGGAUUGUUCCCUUGAGCGAGGCAAGCACAUUUUGGCCCUUUGUUUUGGUUUCAGUGACCAGUUUGGAAACAACAAUGCAAAAACUUGCUAAGGAUUACUUUUUGCUUUUAUGGUUGAAGGACAAAAUUGUUUCUCUUUCAGUCUAUUCCAUGGUAGAAUGAAAAGGAAAGGCUCCUUAUCCCUUACUCCACCACUUUUCUACUGUAAUCUUUCGGAUGCAAUUAAAUGUGAAUUAUUUCCAAACUGACAUACCACAUACUGUUUGCAAAUACAUAACAAAACUGUGCUUUUCUCUUAUAAUGAAUACAAAUCAUGUCCACCCUACGUUUAAAUAGGAGACAUUUACACAAUUGUAUUUAAUCUAGAUUUAUCAGGAAUCACAGGUUUCUUUUGUAGCAAGCCUGUAUAUACAGGUAACUUAGCAUGGAACACACUAUGAAAAACUCCAUUGCAUUAGCACAAGUUUGAAAAGAUUGCGGUUACUUUAGAGGCCAAACCAGCAAUAUCCUGAAGAAAUGCUAGAUAAAUCUCUAUAGCAACAUUACAUAGACUGCAUAUAAAGUAUAUGAAGCUUAAAAUAGUUUAGAAUUGUGUGAAAAACAAAACCAAACCAAAAACAAACAAACAAAGCAACCUAAAACACUUGCAUUAGUGAUGAUUAUCUAUCCUUUUGUAAAACCAGAUGCCUUAAUUACCAGUGGAGGUCUUGGAGAAAAUUUUGAAUUAUUAGCAAACCACAGAGCUUCACUGAUUAGAGGAAGUGUGACAAAAGCCUCAAGAAGUAUGAAGGGAGGAUUCUGUCACAAAACCGUUGGCAACGAACAAAACGCUUUCAAGUAACUUCUGAAACUACUUAUAUAGGGGUGCACUAAAUUAUGAUGCUUUUGUGAUUAGAAAACAGCUGUUGAGAUUUGAGUCUUUGACAUGUUAAAGUAACUUAAAACUAAUUUUGGUUUUUUAAUUUUUUUUUUAACAAAACAGCAAGAGGUGUUGUGAAGGUCAUUAGGGUAUUGUAAUGUGUCCUUAGAAAUCUCUCACUGUUAUGUGGCAAGUCUCCAAACUGAAACUGGCUUUAAUAGAGUAUGGGCAGGGGAGGAAAUAAUAAAUUAUGCUUUCUGUGGGUUAUGUGGAGGUAGGUCCUCAUUUCCAGGUGGUAAUUAAUUUUUUUACUUUUCUAGGUAAUGCAUGCUGAGCUGACAGGGCUGCAGCAGACUGGCAGACAAGGUUUGGGUUAAAACUGAUCGUAGAAAAUAGGAGAAGUUAUUUGGAAAAACGAGGCAUGUGAGGAACUAUACGUGGGUAAGAAUAGUCAGCUGCAUAGAGAAGGGUGUGGGUAUUACUGCAUAAAAUGUUUUAGAGCAGUUACGGUUUGAGUACAAUGAAUUGAGCACUGUUAAGUCAUUGCUGCAGAAAAGGUGCUCUUUAUAGUGGGAUGCAUCAACAGUGUAGCCUGAGAGAGAAGCAUGGUGGUAUUUCUGUGUUACCAAGAUGUGAUAAGGCCUUACCUGAAGUACCUGUCCAUGUUGGGGCACCUGAAAAAGAUGGGGAGUAGCUAGAUAGCCUGGAGGACAGAAAGUAUUCAAAAAAAAAAAAAAAGAGAUCAAAGGUAUUCUUUAAUGCAAAGGAAACUGAAGGAAGAUAUCAAAACAGUCUUCAAAUAUGGAAAAUUUUGCUUUAGAGAGGAUAGGAACAAUGUUUUCUCCAUGUUGAUGGUACAUAAAAAACGUACAUUAGGAAAAUGUCCUUCCAAUACACCUAGUUAAGCUGAGGAGAGUGGAUUAUUCCAUGCGGGGUGAGGAGCCCCCCUUCAUUGGGCUUUUGAAAACAGAACAGACAAACAGCUAAGGCAGAGACAGUUGAUUUUGUUGGUCAAGCCCCAGGGUCAUAGGAAUACAUCGUGAGGUCUACUUUCUGUGAUUAUACAGUAUGUAUUUUAGUUGGUAUGUAAUGGAAGGCACCAUCAGUUUUAGACUGGGUGUACCACAUCUCCUGAACAAGACUCUGAGAUACUCACUCAUUUUUUGCUUUGUAUGUGACCGUUGUAAUCUGAGAAUUUUGGUGUACAGGGGAUGAGAUUAGAGUUCCCCAAGACACUUGUCUGAAAAGAAAAGAGGUAAGCUUGGUAUCACAUGGACAACAUCGGGGUAAGAGAAACUCCAGAAGAAGAGCUAUGCUAUCCACAUACGUGAAAGAGCAAAGAAAGCUCAUUGAAUUUGGCUGAAUAUGAAUGCCCCUAAUUUGCAUGUAUGGUGUGUGUAACUUGGUUUUCAGACGACGGAUUCCCAAGUGAUUAAUUUGGCUUCAUAUUUGUUUAGGUGAGGGAGAUGUUUUCUAAUUGUGGUAAGUGUAAUAACUAAGCUAUGGAGGGUGUUUGGAUUGAAGGGCCCUGCAGCCUACAAUACACAGGCACUUAAACAAAUGCUGCACCGCGUGGUGAAGAGGUAUUGAAUGCCAUGUGCGUCAUUGAGUUGGAUCCAGAGCUGCUGCUGAAGAAGGCCAGUGACCAGUGCAUUGUUUGCUUGGUGAGCAAGUACUCUUGGUGGAAGCAACCAUAAAAAAAAAAAGAAAAAAAAAAAGCACAGCAAAGAAAACCCAUGCACAAAACAACAGUUAGAUUCUGUAAUGAACUGAUGAAUCUCUAUUAUGAGAUUGUUGAACAACUUAGAGAAGUAAUGGGAUAAAUGGUAGGGUGAAGUCCUGGACAGCCUGCAUGGAAACGUUAUGAUCACACAUAAUGUCACAAAAGCAGAGAUUAAAGAAUAUAAUUCCUGUGGUUUUAGCAUAUGUAGCAUAUAAAACUAUAAUAUUGAACUGCCUCAUAGUGGUAGAAAAGCCACACUACCAUGCGGUGGUAAACUGGGGUUUGAUUGAGGGCUGAGACCUGUAACUAGUGAUGUUCAUUACAACUCAUCUAUCAAAUUCCCAGCUGCUUAGUAGUUCCAUGUAAGAAAAAAGACACCUGACAGUGGAACAGCUGGGUUGUGACAGUCAGGUUUCGGUGGCUUGCUGCAGUGUCAGGGUAGAAUUGAAAGAUUCCUUCCCUCUUCAGGAAACAUUGACGUGUAAAUGAUUAAAAUAUUAUAGAUAUAACAAACACAUUGUUUUAUUUUAACUGGUGCUAUCAAUAGCCCCUAAUUUACAGGGAGGCAUAGGAAGAAAUUAAUUCUUUGCAACAACCUAAAUAAAUGAUCCUUACACACAAAAAACGCAGGGCUGUGAAGGCAUUUGACAUUUCUGAUGAGCAUUUUCACUACUCUUAUGUAACACUGCCAUCAUUUGCCAGUGAGCCAGAGCUUUUAUAUAUUGUAUGAGACUCGGUCAAAGCUUUGCUAUUCUGACAGAGUUGAAAAAGUACAGUCUCUAUUUUUUUAUGUCUUUAAAGUAACACAGCAAACCAUGAAAUUAAAGGUAUCUAAAAUUGGGGGCUGCAUUUAUAUCUGUUCAAACAUAAUGAAAACCUCACUAAAACCAGCAAAUGUUUGAGGUACGAAGCAGGUUUAAACUAUUGUUUCUACCACAGAAAAGCAAGUCGUGUUAUAGAUUUCUCAGGAGUCCAGUGCUGUAAGCAGAUAAGCUGAAAAGGCUUUAUAGGCAAUUGUAAGCCUUAUGGAGAAAUUAGGAUGGACAUCCAAUUUUAUACCAAUUAAUUAUACUAUGUUUCAAUGCAUUUAUUGCAGCUAGAAUAAUCUUACUGUGAAAAAAAGUAACCAGGUUUGUGUGUGUGUUUGCUAAUCCCACUUUGAAGGUAUAAAUCCUAAGGUCACAAAGGUUGAAAAGCGGACACGUGUGCAGUAAGGAAGUGCUGCAACCUCAUUAGUGGUAAAGCUGCUGCAAGUAAAUAGUCAGGUUUUGUACACAGCUGCUUAUUAAUAUUUUCAUGCAAACUGAAUAGGUAGUUUAAGUAUUGGGCUAGUUGGAAUAACUUUUUUCAUAAAAGUGUAGCAAACUUUUAUUGGAAAAGGGAUUGUUGCAAUUUAACAUCUGCAUAGCUUGAUAAAUUUUUGAAAGCAGAUAUGUUGUUAUUAAUUUUGAGUUCCCUUACAACGUUAUCUUAGGAACUGCCAUUAAAAUAUUCCUCCUACUUUUAUAUUACCACACAGUAAGUACAGCUUUUCACAUGAGUUGUUUUAGUGACAACUUGCUGUAAAGAGUGCAAAUUGCAGAACUUGAGAAGCGGGUACUGUAGAUCCUGUGAUGUCAGAAAAACUUCUGAUCUCUUUCAUAGAUGAGUGGAAAGACCGAGAUUGUCAUUCAGGUGAUUUUGCAGUCCUAGCUAGGCAGAAAUUAAGCCAGCUGUUCUUCAGUCAGAGGAUUGAUUUCAUGAAGAUACUGGAGCAUUGUGUUUCCAAGUAAUGUCUAGGUCACUGGCAGUACAACCAGUGAGGUUUUCUCUCUUCUCCCUGCCUUUUUUCCUUUGAAAACUGGAAAAAAUAGUCAAAGCAUGACAGAGACCUCUGAAGACCAUCUCAAAGGUAAAAAUCCUCCAGCACCACCUCAGACAGACACACACUUGUUCUGUGCUAUCACUAAGGCAGUGAAUUGGGUAUACAUGUUAGUCACCAACACAACGUGAUAUAAGUGUGCAUAAAUUAUAAUAUAGAGGUAAAAUUAAUGAGAGAAUGCAACAGCCAAGAGAUCAUCCACUAGACAUUCUUUGACUUGCAUCUGUGGGUAUUUCCUGCAUCUCAUCAUGAUCUACUUAAGAUAAAUUUCUUUAUCUAGGAAACCUUUCAGGUUUAUUUCAAGAUAAGAAGUACUUUGAGUUUUACAAGUGGAGGAGUGAUAUGUUUUGUAGAAAACAGCUGCUUUUUCCCUAGAUGGUAUGAUGUGCUUUAUCCUUUCUAAUGGGAUUAAACUGAAGUGGGUGAUAACCAAGAGAGCAGAGGAUUUAAGAGGCCUCUAAAAUGGAAGUUCUAUGUUUCUGUAAAACACACUGAGAUCUUUUUGCAGUAGUUGAUGCUCUGCUUAGAUUGUCUUGCAAGUUUGUUAGGCAAAAUCAUUUUACUAAUUGGCAGUAGCUGCUUAUUCCAUUUUCUUUAGUGAAGUGGCAGAGUACUCCUAUGUAAGCUAACUUUAGGAGGUCACCUGUAACUGAUAAAGAUGUAAUUGCAGUUUUCAAAUGAUCAGUCUCUGGGAAUGAAAGUGGUAGAAUUGCUUUAGCACAGAUUGCACCUGAAUAAGUUAUUCUUGUUAAUUAACUUAUUUGCUUUUCUUUAUUCUGAGCUAAAUUGCACAGGGCCAUAUGAACAUCAUAGCUCAUUUGAAGUCAGCUUGGGGAUCUCAGAAAAGGUGCUGUACAAUAAUCUGUCAAUAUAGUGUUAAGUUUCAUUUUUUUUUUUUUUUACUUUGACUAAAAUUGUUGGAAGCAAGAACAAAGUCAUAAUGACUUUUGUAAUAUUCUGGCUUGAUAUCAUGAAUGGGGUGUUAUCUGAGAGUGCCAGUUCUGAGCCAGAGUCAGCUGGAGAAAAAUAAGCCUUCGUUGUGCAGCUGGCCUUUUUCCACAGUAAAGAAGGAUCUUUUCUGCCUCUCGGGCUGGUGAAUUCAGUUUCCUGUAUCCCUAGGUCUUGCUUGUGCUGUUUGGUUUUUUUAAGUGUGUUGCAGCCAGAGGGAGACCUCGGUGCUUGUUAAGCUUGUGACAUUCAUGGACUUCGGUCCCUGAGCUGCAGCUGCAGGUGAAUAUUGAAAUCAAAUUCUAAUAAUGCCACCCAAAAUUAAGGGCCUGUGAACUGCUUUAGCUUGUACCUGCCCUUAGGUAAAGGACGCUUUUUCUUUUCCCACCCUUUAACUGUUGCAGGUAUGUCCAGGUGACAAGCAGGUGAGAAAGAGCUUAUGAGAUUAGCCUUGUCCUUACAAACCGUAAGAAAUUUAAUUUAGAAAUAUAGUGCAAUGAAACCUUAAAUUGGAUUGACUUCUGACUUGCUAUGUCACUUUUAGUGUAUGCUUGUUUACUUCCAAGUUCUGAAUGCAGCAUUUAUAAAUGUGGCAGCAAACAAUCUCCUCAUGGAUACUGAAGAAAGCUGAAGCUCAGACACUUUUCAUCCUACCAUGGUACUGGAAAUGAAAUUCAUCUGAUGAUGGGUUAAUUCUAAGUCUAUGAAUGUAUAUGGGGAAAACCCAAAUACAUGUCUCUUACUAUCCAGCAUGAAGACAAUUUUGUAUUUUAAGUGCUAAAGAAAUAAACUUGUAUGAAUCUUGUAUGCCCCAAGUAUAUAUUUUUGUUCUAUGUUUUCUUUUAUAAUGAAGUUCAAGCAAAAUAUUUCUUAUCUUUCGGAAGGGAGGUUUAGAGCUAUACGUUCCAGACUACAAAAGCAGUUUUUAAGUAAGCAUCUAAAAAUGAAAUUGUAUUUUUAAAUAUGUGAAUUUAAAUCCUUAAGUUAAACAUCUCUCCUUAGCAACUGUAUAUACUAAAACAAAAAGCAAACCCAUUGGUGUCUACAGUCGUUUGCAUUUAGUGAUUUGUUUAUCUUGCUUUCUCUAAUUGCUCUAAGGGUAUUAAGAGCUCCAUGUAAGUCAGUAAUGUUAGAAAUAGAGAUGAGAAGCACAUUUCUUUAGAAGCGAUAGAUUUUGUUUCCUGGAGGAGGACCAAGACUAAGCAUCUGCUAACUUUGUAUUAUGUGCUAUAUAUAGCUUCAAUGUUGCAGCAUUGUGCUUGAAAGUAUUUGGCAUCCAUUCAAUGGGACCACUUUCUAAACUUUUUUGUAAUUCCCAGCAUCUCUCCAGGUGUGCAAGACAUUUCUAAUUUGAUCAGUUACUAGAUCAUCUUUUUGGAAGAAUAACAUUGAGUUAUCAACAAGCUGAGAAAUAAUUCAGAAAAGAAAAGUUUUUGAUCUUGAAUUUUUGUUAAACUUGCAUUGAGGAUAUCAUUUAUAUAUUUUGGGAAAAAAUAUUGCUAUGUUUUUGAACACACUUGAGAAUUUAAAUGUAAAAGCAAAAAAAGCUUUUUAAAUUAUCAAAUUGUAGAAUUUUCUCUUACUGCUACUAAAUCCAAGUUAGGCACUGCCAUGAAGAGGAUGCUUUUAGUUGAAAACCUAUGCUGACAGAGCAGGAAGCUGUUUUGUAGGAACUCGCUUGCGAGGUAUCCUGUGCUUGUUCCAUCAGAGGUACAACUUCUGUUGACUUCAAGGCUGCUCAAGCAGACCUGGUGUGUUUAAAGACGCAUAUUGGCUGCAAGCUUUUUAUUAUAAUAGCCCUUGGAUAUGCAGUGUAAAUCUGUAACAAUAUAUAGUGCUACACUGAAUGCAUAUUUACUGCUGUAAAUGUCCCUCCUGUGUCUCCUGUGGUACGCGUACAUAAACUAUUACCUUUGCACUGAACUGACUAUACUUCGUAACUGAAAAGCAAAAGCUUGUAGUGUUUUAAAGAUCACUGUAGCUUGUGGUUCCACUUGUGGAAAUACUUUUGCAGAAUGAGAAGUAUAGCUUCAGUGCUACAGAUUUGAUUUUUAUAUUUUUUAUUAACAUGCAUGGAAGAAUAAGGAUAAUAUUUUUUAAAAAUGAACUUGGUUUUGUACAUUUUUCAAUGUUUAAAAUGAUAUAAUUUGACAUUACCUCUGAAUACCAGUGAUCAGUAAAUUCUUAAAGGAAAUACCUCAAUUUGAGCAUUCUUUUCUUGUUAGCUGUCUGAUAGGUUGAGAUGGACUAUAGCAUGUGAUGAACUGAGCCAAAUGAUGUAGAUGCUAUAAGUGGUGUGAUGAUUUACUAAAAGGGAACUAAAUUAUACACUACAAUGUGUUGAAAUGCAGUAUACAAUCAUGGCUCAUUCUGCCCAACUGGACAUUUUCCUUAUGAAUGGCUUGCAAACUGAAUUUUCUGCGUGAAACCCAAUUAAAAAUGAAACAAAAUGUU